AUGCGUUUACGCCCAGAGCAGCCCAGCAGCCCUCCGGCCGACUCCGACUCCCAGUCCGACGCGGACUCCCUCACAGAGACGCUCGAGCAGGUCGGCAGGCUCGCGUUCCCCACCUUCUCGAUCACCCCCCAUUUGCCAACCUUGCCCAAGCUCGCAGCCCUCACGCGAGACUACAACACCACGUCGCUGGGGCGCAAGCUGGCCGGGCUCAACACGAAAAAGGACGAGCUCGCGCGAAUAUACGCCCAGCUGAGCGAUCGAGGUGUUGCAGGAGCCCGAGGCGACGGUGUCGCUUGUGAAGGACCGGCUGGCCAGCUACGACCACCUCACGUACCUGACGUUCGAGCAGUUCAACGACCAGGCGUUUCUGCGGCGGCGCAUCAGGGAGAUCCUGAGCCUGGACCUGCUGCCGCUGGACCAGCGGUUUCUGAUCCAGAAGCUGAUGUCGCGCUCGUACUUCGAAAAACAGCGGUACAAGCGCGCAGAGGCCGACGACGCCGAGAGCGAGGCCAGCGGAGACGAGGUGGUGCUCGGCCCGCGCGAUCUCGAGCCGACGUACUACAACGCCGAGGAAAACAUGCUCGGGUGCGCGCACUACCAGCGCAACUGCAAGGUGGAGUGUCCGACGUGCCGCCGAUGGUACACCUGCCGCUUCUGCCACGACCAGGAGGUGCAGUCGCACCAGCUGGUGCGGAGCCGGAUCAAGCACGUGCUGUGCAUGUUCUGCAACACGCCGCAGCUGGCACAGCACUUCUGCGUCGGCUGCAACCGCAAGCUGAGCGAGUACUACUGCGACACGUGCAAGCUGUUCGACAACGACCAGCUGAAGAACAUCUACCACUGCGACGACUGCGGGAUCUGUCGUCUCGGGCUCGGCAUCAACCAGGACUAUUUCCACUGCAAAAACUGCAACACGUGCAUCUCGAUCGAGCUGCAGGAGAACCACAAGUGCAUCGAGAACUCGACGCACUCCAACUGCCCGAUCUGCGACGAGUUCAUGUUCAGCUCCACCAAGAAGGUGGUGUUCAUGCUGUGCGGCCACCCGAUCCACCAGAGCUGCUACGACGAGUUCACGAAGCACUCGUACAAGUGUCCUAUCUGCUCGCGCACGAUCGUCAACAUGGAGCGGCAGUUCCGCGUGCUGGACAAGGAGAUCGGCGCAACGAAGAUGCCCGACGGCAUGGCCGCGUGGACGAGCGUGGUCAAGUGCGUCGACUGCGGCGGCAAGUCGCGCGUGCCGUACCACUACCUGGGGCUCAAGUGCGACCACUGCCAGAGCUACAACACGAUGCAGCUGCAGCUGCUCAAGUCGGACAAGGACGCGGCGGACGACGGCGCCGACACCGCCACAGACGAGAAGCUGCUCAUCACACACUCGCUCAACGACAACUUCCAGUUCGACGACAGGCUCGAGCGGCCUGGCGCGCAGCUGACGGGCAGCGCCAACAUCGAGGACUCGGACUCGGAGGACGACUACGUGGACAAUUUUGUGCGCGUGAUCAACAACUUCGAGAGCUACUCGACCAUCGGCGACGCGUUCAAGGACUGGAUCAAUGCGUCGCGACGCAAGGUUAA